AUGGGUUCGCUCGCUAGCUUCCUCUUCGUUUACGCUCUCGGUGGAAUUACCUUCAUUCCACUAAUAUUGUCACUACUCCUCCUCUACGGCUACCUAACUCUUCCGUCUGCGCCUAAACCGCAACAAUCAUGCGAGAAAGCGCCCGAUCCUAUCCGCCAGUCUACCGAUGACGACUUCAGUCUCAAGUCCGGCACCGACCAACUGGCCGAGAACUUCCAUCGCACCCACGACUCCGAUGUUGCGGCUGGAUACUUUGCUGUCUGUCGUGAAUAUGUCCCCGGCGGUGUGAAUGGGAAGCCACCAGAGAGAACAACCCCGGCCGGGGAAGUUGUUGCGGCCGAAAGUCCCAGCGUCUACCAGACUAUGUACCGGAGUUUGUUCGAUCGAAAACAAGCACCCAGUAUUGAGCCUGCGAAGGCGAAUGGAAAGACAAUCAGACGAGCGCGGAAUGUCUUUUACAUUGUUCUUCGACAUGGGCACCUGAUGCUUUAUGAUGACGUGAACCAAGUGGAGGUGCGGUAUGUGAUUUCGCUCGCUCAUCAUGAUGUGACGAUAUACGGCGGAGAAGGGAACAUCCCAGAGGGAGAGCUAUGGCUCAAAAGAAAUGCCAUUUGCCUCUCACGGCGGUUGGUAUCGCUUGGGGACCUAGGAGGACCGACUCCGCCGUUCUACCUCUUCUCUGAAAACUUGUCCGAGAAGGAGGACUUCUAUAUCGCCAUGCUACAGAAUCAAAACCGGCUUUGGGACUCGGCCGAUCGCCCGCCCAAGCCCCAGGAGUUUGAUACCAAGCAUAUUGUCACAUUAGUCCAGCGGCUGCAUUCUUCCGAGGAGCAGUUACAGACACGUUGGAUCAAUGCUUUCCUCGGAAGAUGGUUCCUAGCGCUGUACCAAACUCCCGAAUUGGAGGAAUUCAUACGGAAAAAGAUCGUCAAGAAGAUCUCUCGGGUCAACAAACCCAACUUUAUCAGCAAGAUCGGGCUGCAGAAAAUCGAUAUGGGCGAAGGGGCUCCGUUUAUCACCAACCCAAGACUGAAGGAUCUAACGGUCGACGGCAAUUGCUGCGUGGAAGUCGAUCUGCAGUAUACUGGAAAUUUCAGGCUCGAGAUCUCGGCCACUGUACGCAUUGAUCUGGGCCCCCGAUUUAAGGCGAGGGAGGUCGAUAUCGUGCUUGCCGUUGUCUUGAAAAAACUUGAAGGUCAUUUGUUAGUUCGCUUCAAGCCCCCGCCCAGCAACCGCAUCUGGAUGUCUUUUGAGACCACACCGAAAAUGGAAAUGGACAUUCAGCCCAUCGUCAGUUCAAAACAAAUCACAUACAGCCUCAUUCUGCGCACGAUUGAGAGCAAGAUCCGCGAGAUGGUGGCAGAAAGCAUCGUUCUGCCUUUCUGGGACGAUGUCCCAUUCCAUGAGACAUUUGGCCAGGCUUUCCGCGGCGGCAUCUGGCAGCAAGAUGCCCCAGCGCCGAAUGUACAGGUGGAGAUACCAGAGAUACCAGAUGAAUCUGGCGAGGGUCCCCAAACUAUAAAGAGUGUUGGCGGUGAUCCCAUUGAAGUCCUUAGGUCGAAUGAUAAUCGCACGAUGAGCAUGCCUGCUCUUUCUGACUCCGGAACAGCCAAGAAAAGGCUGCGCAAAGGCAUGAAAACCUCUCUGUCAGAUCUGCAGUCAAAAGACUCGGCCGCAACCUCAACCGGCAUCGAAAGGCCGGACAGCACACCGCUGCCUCGGGCCAUUCGGUCCCAGACCUUCUCUCAUGCUGCAGACCCAGUGGUCACUACGGACAACGCUAAGGUUGAUAAGGUCGUUUUGGAAAACAAAGGCGAGGAAAAGAGCCAUGCAACCAACGCGAUGAUCGAAAUAUCAAGCCGGUCCCCACCUACAUCCCCGAAGCGAACUUCUUCAGGCAGCUCGCCACCCACAAGUCGCCUGAUGAUGCCGGAAAUCGCAGUCCAUAGCCGUGACUCCUCGGUUGCAGAGUCUAUUGACAGCGCUACCUUCGCCUACGACAAUAUCAUUCAAAGACCUUCUUCUACUCGCAUGGAGGGCGGGUCCUUCUCGAGCUUGAGAAGCUCAAGGGGUAGUUCCACGACGUCCCUUGUCAGCGACACAUCUCGACGACGCAGCACUAUUGAAACCGUUACCAAGACUUUCACUCCAUCCGACGAUAAGUCUUCUAGUUCAAUGACUCUUGGACAGGCCACUGCCGCUGCCAAGAAAUGGAGUUGGAGCGUCUUUGGUAAAGGGGACCCAAAUACUGGCCAUGGAUCGUCGCGGACUCCUUCAGGCCCAUCAAAUCAGCCGAUUGGGCGUGGCCAUCCUCAUCCACCGGCUGGAGCAUCCUUAUCGCAUCCAGAAAAAUAUGCCUUGAAGAGGAACGCGGGAACCUUACCCAAGCGUAAACCCGUAGCAACACACACUGUCCCCGAACGCCUCAGGACAGCAGACCAGCAGCACCGCCAGCCACCACCAUUGCCUCGCAGAAAACUAAUGGUUCCACAGAUGCGUGUUGGCGAAGGCACCGACGAACUGCUCGUUGUGGCGGCACCUCAGGAGUCCGAGCCAAACAGCCCAGCCCCAGGCGAUCUGGAGUCAGACCAGAGUUUGAUCGCGCCGACUCCUUUCGAGAGUGAGACAUCAUCAAACGCUGAACACAUCGAGGUCGAUACCGGAUAUAAAGGGGAGGAUUUUGAUACUGAAUCGCUACGCUCUGUUGAUAGGGCGCCUUCUUCAACCCGAAGCAGUCAUGAAGCCUUGCCAUCCACUAGCAGAUUGGAAGUGCCCUCGUCGUGA